ACGAAAGGUAGGGUUUUGGCCAGGUUCGAUCGAGCAGCGCCAGCAGUCCUCGUAGACAGGUAGCUGAUCUCGUCUGGCACCUGGUCGGUGUAACGAUUCCUUUGCGUUCGUCCCCUGCUGCUAGUCAACAUGGCAUUUGCAAAUAGAGUUGGAAAUAUCUUGAAGAAAUCUCUGGCUUCCGGUCCAUCAUUAUUCCAAUCAAUGCGAUACAUGUCAUCUUCAAAAGUUUUUGUUGGAGGUCUUUCAUUUGGCACUGAUGAAUUAAGUCUAAAAGAAGCAUUUUCAAAUUAUGGUGAAGUUGUUGAAGCUAGAGUCAUCGUUGACAGGGAAAGUGGAAGGUCUAGAGGGUUUGGUUUUGUGACUUUUACAUCCAGCGACGAAGCUUCAGCUGCUAUCAGUGGCAUGGAUGGGAAGGAUCUUCAUGGACGGAUAGUGGGGGUACAUUAUGCAAAUGAACGAACUGGUGGAUUCCGCAGCGGCGGCGGCGGCGGCUAUGGUGGAGGUGGCUAUGGUAAUGGUGGUUACAGUGGAGGAAAUUUUGGAGCUGGAGGAUAUGGAGGGGGCGGUGCUGCUGCUGGUGGAUAUGGUGGCGGUGACAAUGGUGGUGGUGCUAACUAUGGAAGCAGUUUUGAACGAUAUGACCAAACCAGUACUGGCAGAAACUUUGGUGUUACCGAUGGUGCCGGUGGUAUUGACAGUUAUAAUUUUGGUGGUGGCAGUGGUGGUUAUGGGAGCGGUUUUGGUGAGAACCCAUCUACUGGUUUUGACAGCAACAAACAUGGCAAUGAUCAUGGCGCUGAUAAUGGCUAUGGUGGCAACAUUACUGACGACUCGGUUGAAGACUAUGCCAACAAGCGAGGCUGAUAGUCGCAGACUAUGAACUUUCAGUCAGUGAGCUUCAAGUAUUCCAGGAAAUAAAUAUGCAAGCCCUAGGAAUCAGAUAAAAUGUAUCCAAUGGAUCUCUCCUGCUAUUUUACUUUUUUGACAGACUAAUUUAGACAUGAAAUUCAGCCUUUUCCUAGCGCACGAUUAUAGUUUUCUAGUCUCCAUAUAAACACGGUUGUGUUGUAAUCCUAUCUCUCUGGACCAUUAAUUUGUUUGUCGUGAUUUUGAGUUGUUCAUUUGAGGGAUGUUGUAGACCUUGGAUAUGUUUGUCAUAUUGUAUCCGCUAAGUACAGAUCCAUAUUGUA